UUUGUCGGUCAUUUGUAUUUGGAACGCCGUAGCAGACAGAAGGACACGGGUGAAAAAACGACGAAGCGUGCGAACGGAGUGGAGCGGCUACUUUUAGCGCCCUUUUUUGUUUCAUUUUCCCCACUCACAAAACGCAACAUUUUUGGCAACAACUUUUCGGCAAACCAAUUGAAAAACAAACUAAACGAACUAAUCGCGGCACGGGAAUCAACAACAAAUUCUAUUCCGAUGCAAUACUUGUGUUCGUAAACAAUUUUUUUCUGUUCGAUCCGAUCCCCGAUAAACGAUAAACGCGAAUUCCAGUGAUCUUUUGGAAAAGGGCGAAGUGGAAAGCGAAGAACCCAAACCGAAAAACUCUAAAUCACCGGUAAAAAAAAAAAGUGGCGAGAGCAAGAGUGUGUGAUCGGGAGAGAGCAUCGCAUCGCCAUUCUCGCUUCCCUCGCGAUUCGCAAAAACAAAAUUCGAAAUUCAAAAUUGACCAGCAUUCGUUGCGGUUCCGAUAUUGGUUUCUUCAGUUCAGUUCAGUUUCGUAUUAUUUAUCAAGUCUGCUGUUGUGUGUCUUUCGUUUCGCCGAAGAAGAGAGAGCGAAAGAGAGCGCAGCAGGAGCGGUGAAGGAGAAGGAGGAGCGGAGCAGAAGGAGAAGCAGCAGUCCAAGUCCAACGAAGACGUGCCCAAAGCAAGGCGCAGAUAAUACAAAUACAAAGCACAAAAAACCACUAAAAACCCAAAAAAAUAAAAAAAUAACGAAACAAGAGUAUAUAACAUAAAACCCAAAACAAAACGAUCGGCUCAGCAGAGCCAACGAAAAGUAAACAGAGGAGCAGCAGGAGCAGAGGAUGCACCACUGAUCCCGGAGAGCUCGAGACAUGAGAAGCGGAACACCGAGCAGCCAUCAAGCAUUGACUUAUGUAGCGGUCCAUGACGAGUAUUAAGACCGAGAUGCCGCCCCUGCACGCGGCAGAGGCGCUCGCCUCCAGCAGUGCCACCGAUAGCGGUGGGGGAGGGGGAGCAGGAGGAGGAGGAUCGGGCGGACCAGGAGCGGGAGGAUCGGGAGGCGUCGGCAGUGCGCCCGCUACGCCCAAUGCCACAAUCAGCGCCGCCGCCGACUCCAGUGAUAAUCAGCCCGGCACGCCGCAGCCCACGCAACAGCAACAGCAUCAACAAUCGACGCAGCAACAGUUGCAGCAGCCACAAUCGCAACAACAGCAGCAGGCCAUGGGUGGAGGCGAUCCCCAGCAGCAGCAACAGCAGCAGCAGGUAACUGGGAUCACCCACCAGCCGUACGCCACCCACCACAUGUACUCCGCAUCCGGCGGACAGCAGCAGCAACAGCAGCAGAUCUACGGCGGACUCUACGGCGGGGACAUGCAGCAGCAGCAGGGCUACGCCAGCAGCUACAUCAACAGCUACGAGCAGUUCUACCAGCAGCAACAGCAGCAGCAGCAGGGCACUGACUACGCCUUUGGCGCCGUUGGCGUUGACUACGGCAAGAGUGCCGGGGUGCGCUAUCAUCCCUACCUGCAAACGCCCACCUCCGGACUGGGCGGCAUUCCAACGGCCAGCGCGGCACAGGAGGAGGCGGGCAGUGCGCCCAGCGCCGUCAGCACCACCACGGCGGUGGCCAUGAGUCCUCGUGUGGUGAGCAGCAGCAGUCCAACGUCGACGUCCUCGCACCUGCAGCUGGGCAGCUCCAGUGGCCAAACACCGGGCUCACCAGGCGGAGCAGCCGGAAGUGCCGGAUGCAAGUUGCAGUGCAAGAAGUGCGGCAUCCUCACCACCAACGAGUCGGAGCUACAGGAGCACAUCGCCAACGUGCACGGGGAAUCGCCGUAUGGCAGCAGCGGUUACGCCAGUUCGCCGUACAUCAAGGAAGAAAUGCCCACGCCACAGCCACCCGGCGGUGGAUCCGCAGCGGCCAAUCCCGGCGAGUUGCUCGACCUAGAUUCCCAGAAGAUGGUCUAUCACCAGCAGUUGCUCCAGCAGCAGCAGCAGCAACAACAGCAACACGACGUGGUGGCUGGACUGCCGCUGGGCUCUCUGCCGGAUCCGCUGCACUCGAUGCAAUCCAUGCAGCAGCGCGCUCUUCACAGCUGGGAGCAGCAGCCACAGCAGACAGUGGCCUCCGUGGAGGGCCUGCCGCCGUACAUGCAGCAGGGAUUGGGCGUGGGGUUGGGAGUAGGCGUGGACAAGUCGCCCUACUACUCGCCAAAGCAGUCGCCCUAUCAUCAGUCAGCCGGCGUUGGCGGAGCCACGCUGAUCAAGCAGGAGUACGGCGGCCACGGACUGAUCAAGUCCGAGUAUCCCGAUUCGCAGCACUACGUGGACAAGUCCUUCGACCCCACAGCAGGCGGAGGCGGUGGAGCGGAACUGUGCGCCAGCGUGGCCACCAGUCCGGCGGAGUUCCCUAGCACCACUACUGGUGGACCCGGGCAGGAGAGCGCGGCGGGUGCGGCGCCAGGAGGUGGAUAUCGCGGUUUCGAGCCGCCCAGUUCUAGCUCUGUGCUGCCGGCCAACAGCCUGACGGCCAAGGCGGCCACCUGGAAGUCGAACGAGGCGCGCCGUCCCAAAACGUACAACUGCACGGCCUGCAACAAGUGGUUCACUAGCUCGGGCCACCUGAAGCGUCACUACAACACGACGCUGCACAAGAACGCGGUGAAGUCGAGCGGCCAGCCGGAUCCAGCCACCCUGCCCAUAUCGGCGCACCACCAUCCCGCUCGCGAUCCGGUGACGAAGCCCAGUCGCAGGGGCAAUGCCGCAGCCGCUGCGGCCGCUGCUGCAGCUGCCGCCUCGGCCAGCGGUCAGGGUCAGCAGCAACAGCCGCCGCCACCACCACCGCCGGCCAAUGUGCCACCCCCGGAGCCGCCCAGAAGUCCGCCCGAGUAUGGCGGAGGAGGCGGCUUGGGCGUGGGAGCGAUGGGCGGCGCUGCCAUGUCCCAGUAUUCGGCCUCACCCUCGCCCACACAGCAGCAGCAGCACCACCUCAACCACCAUCAGCAGCAGGCCAACGGCUAUGCUAAUGGCACCGCCAAUGGCUAUGGCUAUAUGCAGCAACAAGUGCAAUCCACGACAAACGCUUCACCACAGCACGCUUCCAACAACAACAGCAACAACCAGCAGCAGCAGCAACAACAGCAGCACCACCAGCAGCAGAUGCCGCAGCACCACAACUCCGUUUUGAACGGUCACCCAAACGGGCUAGCAGGUCCCUCCGCCCCACACAACAACAACACCACCCAAAUGCCGUCCUCCCAAAUGAGGGGCCUGCUGAACGAAACAACAACCACGCCGCCACCAACAACAACAACCCGAGCACCACAAAUCACAACAACAGCAAUAACAACAACAACGGCGGCCACCACGGUAGCUAUAAAGAGCGAGCAAAUGGAGGACAGCAACCACACCCACACCCACACACACACGCACACGCAUCCCAAUCACAGUCUCAGCCAGGACAGGAGCCACAGCAGCAGCAGCAGCAGCUCAAUGGCCACGGAGGAGGCGGAGGAGCAGGAGCUGCGGGAUCAGGAGCAGGCGGACGAUCACCUGCAUCAGCAUCAGCAGGCGUCGCAGCAGUAUCUGCUGGCGGCGCGCCAUUACCACAGCAGCACGCCCAACACGCUCAGCAGCAGCAACACCAAUCCCAGCACGCCCAGCAGCAACUCGCCCCAUACUAUCUACCGGCAGGAGCAGCAGGGAACGGAUUUCUCGCGCACCACCCCGCCGCCGCAGCCGCUGCCGCCUAUGGGAAUGCUGCCGCCUAUGGCAAUGGACUACAACAUGCUGGCUUUGGAUAUGCCCAUGCCCAUGCCCACGCUCAUGCACAGCAAUAUGCUGCAGUGCAGCAGCACCAGCACCACGCCGCUAGCUACUACCACCACCACCAGUAUGCCGGACACUAUGCAGCCGCCGCAGCAGCAGCUGGUGCACCACUACCAGGCGGUGCUCCACCCGCUCCAUCAGCAGCUGGGGGAGCAGCACCAGCGCCAGGAGGAGGAUCAUCAUCAGCAGCAGCGGGAGCUUCACCAACUGGAUCAGCAGCAGCAGCAGCAGCAGGCGUUAAUCCUGGCGGACAGUUUGCCGCACAGCAGCAGUUCGCCCACCAGCAGCUCCCCACCGCCCACCAUGCCCAUGCCGCUCACCACCAUCACAGCGCCGCAGCUGCUGCCGCUGCAGCCGCCGCCGCCGCACAUCACCAGCACCAUGCCCAUGCCGCCCACCAUGCACAUGCCCAUCAUGCCGCCGCCGCCGCAAUGCUACCAGCAGCUGCAGCCGCUGGACCCCACAAUGAGCUAUCACACUAUUAUUGGUAGUGGCCCGGAGGCGCAUGCCGCAGCCGCCGGCGGUGGCUACAGCAACCAAAUCACCACCAGCGAUGGCCAAAUCCUGCAGCUGAUGCCAACCUCUCUGUUCGCGCCCUAUGCCCCGCUCUCGCCGUACUCGGUGGCCGCCCAGCGAUCGCCGCAGGAGGGCGACCUGCCGCCCGUUCACACACUCACCACAGCCCUGCACGCCCAUCAGCAGGGCGGGCAACAGGAGGCGCAGACGCCAACGCUGACGGUGCUCUCCACGCCCUACUCGCCCACAGUGAGCAGCUCGCGGGCCACUCCUGCGCUGGAGAUGGACAUGGCCACGCUCAUGCAGCACCAGCAGGACUACGAGAUGGAGCAGUACCAGAUGCAGCACCAGCAGUUGGAGCAGCUGCAGCAGCACCAGCAGCAACUGGACCAUCAGCAGCAGCAACAGAUCCUGGCGGAUCAGACCCAAUCGAUGGCCCAGCAGCCGCUGACCAAGAAGCGGCGUGGCGGCAACGCAACACCAUCGACGACGAAGCGACGGCGGAACAGCAGCGUCGGAUCGACGUCGCCGCACUCGACCACCCUGCCAUCGGGACGGAUCAAGUGUCUGGAGUGCGACAAGGAGUUCACCAAGAACUGCUACCUCACGCAGCACAACAAGAGCUUCCACUCCGGUGAGUACCCGUUUCGCUGUCAGAAGUGCGGCAAGCGCUUUCAGAGCGAGGAUGUCUACACCACGCACCUGGGUCGCCACCGCACCCAGGACAAGCCGCACAAGUGCGAGCUGUGCCCCAAGCAGUUCCACCACAAGACGGAUCUGCGCCGACACGUGGAGGCCAUCCACACGGGGCUGAAGCAGCACAUGUGCGACAUCUGCGAGAAGGGCUUCUGUCGCAAGGAUCAUCUGCGCAAGCACCUCGAGACACACAACCGGCCGCGGGUGGUGGGCAAGAAGUCCGCCGCGGCAGCAGCCGCCGCAGCAGCCACUGCCACGGCGGGAUUGGGUGGUGUUUCAGCCGCCGGCUCCAUCAAGGCGGCAUUCGCUCGCUCGCUAACGGUGGCGGCUGUGAGCAGUGAGCCAGGCGCAGGAGUUGCAGUGCCCUCAGCUCCUGUCCCUGCUCCUGCAUCUGCUCUUGUCCAGUCCGUCAAUCCCAGUCUGGCUUCCAGCCUCAGUCUGAAGCGGCACAUUGACGAUGUGGCCGCCGACGAUGACAGUCUGCUGGAGGAGGACGAGGAUGAGAUGGAGAUGGAAAUGGAGACGGAUAUGUUGGAGGAGGAAGAUGAGGAGGAGCUGGGCGAUCACCACAUGAUAAUCAAGGGCGAGUACGCGCAGGAGGAGUUUCAAAUGAUCGAGAAGAGCAUAGAGCUGUACUGAAUAUGGGGCAGGCCAGAAUCUGGGUUUUGAAAUGCUCCUGGGCUUUGAGCUUGGCGGGAUCGAAGGAACGGAGGAUCAGUGGGCAACUGAGCGCGGCUUGGGCUGCGGGCGCAGCUGGAGCGGCUCUGCAGUUGAGUGUCCUGUUUUUGGGGUCAGGCCAGUCGGUGUCGAUGAAGCAGCUAAGUUGUUCCGAUUCAACUUGAACGAGUUUCGCCCCGUGCUCGUUAAGAAAACACACUUUGUUGCUUGGCAGGCAAUAAUUCGCUGUUUUGGCCGUUUCCCUCGUUAAAUUGAUAUGUUUUUUUUUUGUUUUUUUUUUUUGUUUUUUCCUCUGGGGGGUAAACACGAAAGUACUUAGAAUUGAUCGCAAAGCCGCAGCAUUUCAAUAACUUAGACAGCAGGCCACUCCUUGGCUCGUAUCAGCUUAACAUCGUAACGAUCGUAUCGAAGUGCCGAAGUGCCACCCACCGCGCCACAAUCCAAUCCAAUCAAAUCAAUCCAUUCAUUCCUGUAAUUUGUAGUGAGUCUGCCAUAUGUGUGAAACGAUUGAAAGACGAAAGACAGCCAGAAUUCCUAAUUGUUGUAGCAGCAAAUUAUUUAAUUUUAUUUGUAUGUUAAAACUGUAUUAUUAUUAUUUGUACUCUAGCUAUUAUUACGCUCCUUAUUUGUAAAGCCUUAUCAUUACGUGUAAACCUAAACCAUCAAGUAUACCUCAGCAAACAGCAGUCCACGAAACGCUUAAAAUCAGGGCGCCUAUAUAUUAUAUAUAUAUAUAGAUAUAUAGAUAUUUAUAAAUAUUCCAUUUUACAUGUGUAAACACUAGUUUUAGCACUUUUUUUUGCCGUAUUUUAAUUUGUAACUUGUUUUAACUAUUAUUUGAUUAUUGAUUAUGUUUUAUAAUCGGGAGAAACAAACACACAAAUGCCAUAUACACGAUAUGUAAACUAAAAAUCAGCAACUAUAUGCCAAUUGAUAUAUAUAUAUGUAUAUAUAUAUAUAUAUACUAUAUCUAGUUACUAGACCAACGCAUAACAACACACACAUAUGUACCCGCAUAUACAUAUAUGUUAGCCUUAAAAACGCCAAAUUGUCAUAGCAAAGGAAACAAAAGAAACGCAAAAGCAAAAAGCAAAAAGCAAAAGCAAAUGGAAAUGGAAAAACCAAGCAACUCUCAAGAAAAUGCGAAAUCAGGGAUAUUAUUAUGUUUCUAAGCCACAAACGCACGCACUUGUUCGCGUAUUAUUAUACCUAUAUAUUUAUUACGAUUAGUUGCCCCUAACUUAUGUUCCGCCAAUAAAACCAAUUGUAAUUAUUUAACAUUUUCAUUUGAUACCCAUCGUAUGUCCCAUCUCCACCCCCUCCGCAUUUUGUUUGUAAUUAUUUUUUUUUACCUUAAUUGUUAACCAAUAUAAUGCUUUCCCCCUUCGCA